AUGGAAGAUUCCAAAAAGGCGGAGAUCGGAAUAGUAGGAUUGGGAGUCAUGGGAGGAGCGUACGCGAGGAAUUUAUACUUCAGAGGACGCAGAGUGUCAGCCUGGACGAGAAACGAGAAAGAAAUAGAAGUAUUCGAGGCAAAGGUAAAAGAGGAUGAAAAGCGUGAAAAGGCGCUGCAAAACGCAAGCAUUAAAUGUUUCGUAAACCUGCAAGAAUUCGUCGACAGCCUGGAGAAGCCAAGGAAGGUUCUAAUGCUGAUAACAGCUGGAAGUCCAGUGGAUCACAUGCUGGAUAGGCUGAUACCGUCACUAGAUAAGGGGGACGUAAUAGUCGACGGAGGAAACGAAUGGUACAAGAACACACAAAUGAGAAUAGAGAGAUGCAAAGAAGAGGGAAUAAGGUUCUGUGGGAUGGGAGUCAGCGGAGGAGAAAGAGGAGCAAGAAAUCACCCAUGUUUUAUGUUUGGAGGAAGUAAAGAAGACUAUAAAAGCCUCAAGCCAAUAUUAUCACAAGAUGACAAGGAUUUUUACGUCGGAAGAGGAGCCUCGGGACACUACGUGAAGAUGGUACACAACGGAAUAGAGUACGCAAUAUUGCAAGUGGUGUCGGAACUGUAUAAGAUAAUGAAGCACAUAAAUAAGAUGAGUAACCCAGAAAUAUCGGAAUUGUUGAGGUCAUGGGACGAUAAUCAAUCGUCGUAUUUGUUGCAAAUAACCCAAAUGAUAUUGGAAGAGAAGGAAGGAGAAGAGUACCUGGUGGACAAGAUAACACCAUGUAUAUCGUCGAACAGCACCGGAAAGUGGACAGUACAGGACUCCUUCGAUAGAAGUGUGCCAGUGCCGUCAAUAGGAAUGGCGGUGGACAUGAGGAGCUUCAGCAACCUAACACAAAACAAACACACUCUAGAAAACACAAACCAACACACGAAGUUUAAAACAGAUGACCUUAAAAAAACAUACACAGCAGCCCUGAUAAGUAUAUUUUCGCAAGGGAUACACCUGCUGAUGGAAGCGUCGAAGGAGUUUGACUGGGACUUGAACAUGAGUAAAGUGGCAGACAUAUGGUCAAGUAACUCAAUAAUCAGCUGCGAUAUGCUGAAGGAAGUUUCAGAAUCGUAUAAAGAAAACGACGAAAUGCUACUGUUCCACCCGAAGUUUAAAGAAAUGCUGUUAAGCAGCAUGAAGCCAUGGAAACAUGUGGUGAAAACCUGCAUAGAAUACGACGUGCCAACACCAGGAGUCCUGAGCAGCCUGGAAUAUGUGCAAGUGUUAUUCUCGAAAAAUCAUUGCCAUAACCUAAUUCAAGCCCAGAGAGACUGUUUUGGGUCACACGGGUUCACCAGAACGGAUAUGGAGGGGAAUUACCACCACGAUUGGUGGAAAAAUCACUAA